AUGGAUCAUAUCAAUAUGAUUGACACUCUUUUCUACAAGAAGUGUUUAAGUAAUUUGUCUUUUGGGACAGCACUAAGUUGUGUGAGGAGUAAUGCCUGUAAUGCUGCUGUUUUACAGGUGACUGUCUCAGACGGAGGCACGUCUCCCAAGCAGUCCUCGGUUUGGGUGGUGGUCCAGGUUCUGGAUGAGAAUGACAACAAACCCCAGUUUCCAGAAAAAGUCUACCAGAUCAAGUUGCCAGAGAGGGACCGUAAGAAAAGAGGGGAGCCAAUCUACAGAGCUUUCGCUUUUGACAAAGAUGAAGGCCCUAAUGCAGAAAUCUCCUACAGCAUUGUGGAUGGAAAUGAUGAUGGGAAAUUUUUUAUUGAUCCCAAGACAGGGAUGGUGUCUUCCAGAAAGCAGUUCACAGCAGGGAGCUAUGACAUCUUAACGAUAAAAGCAGUGGACAAUGGCCGGCCCCAAAAAUCUUCGACUGCACGCCUCCAUAUUGAGUGGAUCAAAAAGCCCAUGCCAUCACCCAUGCCCCUGACUUUCGAUGAACCCUUCUACAACUUCACCGUCAUGGAAAGCGACAAAGUGACAGAAAUCGUUGGGGUGGUUUCUGUGCAGCCAUCCAACAUCCCUCUCUGGUUUGACAUUGUGGGAGGGAAUUACGAUAGUUCUUUCGACGCGGAGAAGGGAGUGGGCACUAUUGUCAUUGCAAAGCCCUUGGAUGCAGAGCAGCGGUCAAUAUAUAAUAUGACUGUGGAGGUCACCGAUGGAACAAACAUUGCCACGACCCAGGUCUUUAUCAAAGUGUUGGAUAACAACGAUAAUGGCCCAGAAUUUUCUCAGCCAAGUUAUGAUGUCACCAUCUCAGAGGACAUCCUCCCCGAUACUGAAAUUCUGCAGAUUGAAGCUAUAGACAGAGAUGAAAAACAUAAACUGAGCUACACUAUUCACAGCAGCAUCGAUGCAAUCAGCAUGAGAAAAUUCAGAAUUGAUCCCAGUGCUGGGGUGCUCUAUACUGCGGAGAGAUUAGACCAUGAAGCUCAAGAUAAGCACAUCCUUAAUGUCAUGGUCCGAGAUCAAGAAUUCCCUUAUAGAAGAAACCUGGCCAGAGUCAUCAUAAACGUGGAAGACUCCAAUGACCACAGCCCAUACUUCACCAGCCCACUGUAUGAAGCCUCAGUCUAUGAAUCAGCAGCUGUGGGAUCAGCGGUUUUACAGGUCACAGCUUUAGACAAAGACAAAGGAGAAAAUGCAGAGCUUGUCUACACUAUUGAAGCAGGAAAUACAGGAAACACAUUCAAGAUUGAACCAGUUUUAGGGAUCAUUACAUUACUGAAGGAGCCAGACCUAACUACAAUGGGACAGUUUGUUCUGUCAGUUAAAGUGGCUGAUCAGGGUUCUCCACCACUGUCUGCAACAGCAAUUGUACGGAUAUCUGUGACAAUGGCAGAUAACUCCCACCCUAAGUUCAUCCUAAAAGAAUACCAAGCUGAGGUUAAUGAAAAUGUGGAUAUUGGUACUUCUGUCAUCUCUCUUUCUGCAAUCAGUCAGUCCACAUUAGUUUAUGAGAUUAAAGAUGGGAAUGUGGAUGGAAUCUUCACUAUAAACCCAUAUUCUGGAGUCAUCACCAGUCAAAAGGGUCUUGAUUAUGAGCGUGCUUCCUUCUAUCAACUCAUUGUACAAGCAACGAAUAUGGCAGGGAUGGCAUCAAAUGCCACAGUGAACAUUCAGAUUGUUGAUGAAAAUGAUAACCCUCCAGUUUUUCUCUUCUCUCAGUACUCAGGCAGCAUAAGUGAAGCUGCUCCCAUAAACAGCAUUGUCAGGAGUACAAGCAACAGUCCCCUUGUGAUUCGUGCCACUGAUGCUGACAGUAACCAGAAUGCCUUGCUUGUCUACCAGAUUGUUGAAUCUACUGCAAAGAAGUAUUUCACGGUAGAUUCCAGUACGGGUGCAAUCAGAACAAUUGCAAAUUUAGAUCACGAAACAAUAGCCCACUUCCACUUCCAUGUGCAUGUUAGAGACAGUGGAAAUCCCCAGCUUACAGCAGAGAGUCCUGUCGAAGUUACCAUUGAGGUAACUGAUGUCAAUGACAACCCACCAGUCUUCAGUCAAGCAGUGUUUGAGACUGUCUUGCUUCUGCCCACAUAUGUUGGUGUUGAGGUUCUCAAAGUCAAGGCUACAGACCCAGAUUCAGAGAUCCCUCCUGAACUCACAUAUAGUCUAAUUGAAGGCAAUAUGGAUCAUUUUUUGAUUGAUUCAAACACAGGCAUACUCACCAUUAAGAACAGUAGCCUCUCCAAAGACCAUUAUAUGCUAAUAGUAAGAGUAUCUGAUGGGAAAUUUUAUAGCACUGCUAUGGUGACAAUAAUGGUAAAAGAAGCCAUGGAUAGCGGGCUACAUUUCACACAGAGCUUUUAUUCUACUUCUAUCUCAGAAAACACCACCAACAUCACAAAGAUUGCUGUGGUAAAUGCUGUUGGUAACCGUCUUAAUGAGCCCUUGAAGUACAGUAUAUUGAAUCCAGGCAACAAAUUUAAAAUCAAAUCCACCUCAGGAGUCAUUCAGACAACUGGUAUAUCCUUUGAUCGAGAGGAACAAGAGCUGUAUGAAUUGGUGGUGGAAGCAAGCCGUGAACUGGACCACCUUCGUGUUGCUCGAGUGGUAGUGAGGGUUUACAUUGAGGAUAUAAAUGACAAUGCACCAGUGUUUGUAGGGCUUCCAUACUAUGCUGCUGUACAAGUUGAUGCUGAGCCUGGUACCCUGAUAUAUCGAGUGACGGCUAUUGAUAAAGACAAGGAUGAAAAUGGUGAUGUGUCAUAUCUUCUGAAGGAAGACUAUGGACAUUUUGAAAUAGAUAGGGGAACUGGUAGCGUCACUCUAAAAGAAGCUUUCAAUUCUGACUUAUCUAAUAUAGAGUAUUUGGUUGUCAUUCUUGCAAAAGAUGGUGGCAGCCCAUCACUAUCUGCUUCGGUAGAGCUCCCCAUUACUAUUGUUAACAAAGCAAUGCCUGUGUUUGACAAGCCCUUCUACACAGCCUCCGUGAAUGAAGACGUAGAAAUCCACACACCAAUUUUAAGCAUUAAUGCAACCAGUCCAGAAGGCCAGGGUAUCAUUUAUAUCAUUGUUGAAGGAGAUCCUUAUAACCAGUUUAAUAUUGACUUUGAUACUGGGGUUCUGAGUGUCAUCAGCCCAUUGGACUAUGAAAUAAAUUCUCUUUUCAAGCUGAUGGUGCGAGCCAGCGAUGCCCUCACUGGUGCUCGAGCUGAAGUCACUGUGGACUUGGUCAUUAAUGACGUCAACGAUAAUCCUCCAGUUUUUGAUCAAUCAGCUUACAAUGCUACUCUGUCUGAAGCAUCUUUGAUUGGGACUCCUGUAUUGCAGGUUGUUGCUACUGAUGCUGACUCUGACAAUAACAAAAUUGUGCAGUAUCAGAUAGUCCAAGACACCUUUAACAGCACGGAUUAUUUCCAUAUAGACAGCACAAGUGGCCUAAUUCUGACUGCACGUAUGUUGGAUCAUGAACUCAUACAGCAGUGCAGCUUGAAAGUCAGGGCAACUGAUAAUGGAUUCCCACCACUUAGCAGUGAGGUUCUUGUUAGUAUUUCAAUAACAGAUAUGAAUGACAACCCUCCUGUUUUUAACCAGCUGAUAUACGAAUCGUAUGUGAGUGAGCUGGCACCUCGGGGUCAUUUUGUGACUUGCGUCCAAGCCUCUGAUGCUGACAGCUCUGAUUUUGACAGAUUGGAGUACAGUAUUCUAUCAGGAAAUGAUCGGACCAGUUUCAUUAUGGAUAGCAAGAGUGGUGUAAUCACCCUUUCCAAUCAUCGGAAGCAGAGGAUGGAGCCUAUGUACAGCCUAAAUGUCUCUGUCUCAGAUGGGUUGUUCACCAGCACAGCUCAGGUGCAUAUUCAGAUCCUUGGCGCAAACCUCUACAGCCCUGUGUUUUCACAGAGUGUUUAUGUUGCAGAGGUCAGAGAAAACGCAGCUCCUGGAACUAAAGUGCUCCAUGUGAAGGCCACAGAUGGAGAUUCAGGUGUAUAUGGCCAGAUAAGCUACUCCAUAAUAAAUGACUUUGCCAAGGACCGAUUUUUGAUUGAUAGCAAUGGGCAGAUCCUGACAACCGAACGCUUAGACCGGGAGAACUUUCUAGAAAGUGAUAUCGGGAUAUUUCUGAGAGCACUUGAUGGAGGUGGCAGGACUACGUUUUGCACUGUGAGAGUGAUAGUAGUGGAUGAGAAUGACAAUGCUCCCCAAUUUAUGACAGUUGAAUACCGAGCAAGUGUCAAAGCAGAUGUUGGGAAGGGUUACUUGGUGACCCAAGUGCAAGCAGUAGAUCCAGAUGAUGGAGCCAAUUCUAGAAUUACCUAUUCUCUGUAUAGUGAGGCCUCAGUUUCAGUAGCUGAUCUGCUUGAGAUAGAUCCAGACAAUGGAUGGAUGGUCACCAAGGGUAGCUUUAACCAACUAAAAAACACAGUUCUGUCAUUCUUUGUCAAAGCAGUUGAUGGUGGCAUUCCUGUGAAGCAUUCUCUCAUCCCUGUCUACAUCCAUGUUUUACCUCCAGAAACUAUUUUGCCUUCCUUUUCUCAACCUCAGUAUUCCUUCACCUUAAUGGAAGACACCCUCAUAGGCAGCACCAUUGACAUUGUGCAUAUCGUGCCUAAUCAGGGGGCUUUGUAUAGCACAGUUAAUGGGGAGCUGAAGGAAAACAACAAAGAUGGCAUAUUCAUCAUUGAACAAGAUACAGGGCUUAUAAAACUGGAUAAGAGACUUGACCAUGAGACAAAUUCUGCUUUUCACUUCAAAGUGGCAGCCACCAUUCAGUUAGACAAAGUAGACAUUGUCCUGACUGUGGAUGUGGAGGUUAAGGUGUUGGAUGUAAAUGAUAACAAGCCUAUGUUUGAAACAGCUAGCUAUGAUGCCAUAAUAAUGGAAGGGAUGCCUAUAGGAACAAAACUUAUGCAAGUUAAAGCAGUUGAUGUAGACUCAAGUGCAAAUGGGCAGGUCACCUAUACACUUGCAGUGGAAUCAGAGCUGGAGAAGAUCACAGAAGCUUUCACUAUUGACAGCAACAGUGGCUGGAUCAGCACACUGAAGGAUCUGGACCACGAGAAAGAUCCCACUUUCACUUUUGCAGUGGUGGCCUCAGAUCUGGGGGAAACAUUAUCCCUGUCAUCAACCACCUUGGUGUCAGUUGCUGUGACGGACAUAAAUGAUAAUGCACCUGUCUUUGAGCAUGAGGUGUACAGAGGUUCUGUGAAGGAGAGUGACCCCCCCGGGGAGGUGGUGGCUGUCCUUAGCACGUGGGAUGAAGACACAUCUGAUGUCAACCGGCAGGUCAGCUACCAUAUUACAGGAGGAAAUCCCAAAGGGAAGUUUGCUCUGGGACUGGUUCAGAAUGAGUGGAAGGUUUACGUAAAAAGGCCACUAGAUCGGGAAGAACAAGACAUUUAUUAUCUGAACAUCACUGCCACAGAUGGCCUCUUUGUAACCCAAGCUGCAGUGGAAGUGACUGUCACUGAUGUUAAUGAUAACAGUCCGGUUUGUGAACAGGUUGCAUACACAGCACUGUUUCCUGAAGACAUUCCAUCAAACAAAGUCAUUCUAAAAAUCAGUGCUAAAGAUGCUGACAUUGGGUCCAAUGGUGAAAUUCGCUACUCUCUUUAUGGUCCUGGGAACAAUAAAUUUUUCUUAGAUCCAGAAAAUGGUGAGCUGAAAUCCUUGGCCCCACUGGACCGAGAGAAAAUCCCUGUGUACAACUUGGUUGCUCGAGCUACAGAUGGUGGUGGCAGGUUUUGCCAGUCAGAAAUCCAUCUUAUUUUAGAAGAUGUUAAUGAUAAUCCACCAGUGUUUUCAUCUGAUCACUACACCGCAUGUGUCUAUGAGAAUACAGCCACUAAAGCAUUGCUAACAAGAGUUCAAGCUACUGAUCCCGAUGUUGGUGUGAACAGAAAAGUUACCUAUUCCCUCGCAGACUCUGCAGAUGGUUACUUCUCAGUUGACCGGUCAUCAGGAAUCAUUAUUUUGGAGCAUCCACUUGAUAGAGAGCUUCAGUCUUCCUAUAACAUCAGUGUAAAGGCCUCAGAUCAGAGUAUUGUGCUGACCUUGUCCUCAUUUGCUACUGUGACUAUUACAGUGCUAGAUAUUAAUGACAAUCCCCCUGUGUUUGAAAGGAGAGAUUAUCUUGUUACAGUACCUGAAGACACUUCACCUGGCACUGAAGUCCUCUCUGUUUUUGCUACAAGCCAGGACAUUGGCACUAAUGCUGAGAUUACCUAUCUCAUCAGAUCUGGGAACGAGAAGGGGAAGUUCAACAUUAACUCGAAAACAGGAGCCAUUUCCAUUUCUGAAUCUUUGGAUUAUGAAUCGUGUAAGGAUUUCUACUUAGUUGUGGAAGCAAAAGAUGGAGGUACUCCAGCCCUGAGUGCUGUUACGACUGUGAACGUCAACGUGACGGAUGUCAACGACAAUGCACCAAAAUUCAGCCAGGUGGUCUACAGUGCAGUCAUCAGUGAAGAUGCUGCAAUUGGUGAUUCCGUUAUAAUGUUGAUAGCGGAAGAUCUGGACAGUCCUUCCAAUGGCCAAAUUCAUUUUUCCAUAGUGAGUGGUGAUCAAGACAAUGAAUUUUCAGUCGAUCCUGGUUCAGGACUUGUGAAGGUUAAAAAGAAAUUGGAUAGAGAAAGGAUAUCUGGUUAUUCAUUGGUUAUUCAGGCAAGAGACAGUGGAACCCCUCCUCUGUCUUCAUCUGUGACGGUCAACGUGGACAUUUCCGAUGUGAACGAUAACAGCCCUGUGUUUACUCCAGCUAAUUAUACAGCUGUAAUUCAAGAAAAUAAACCAGUGGGCACAAGCAUUUUGCAGCUGGUAGUGACAGACAAAGACUCUUUUCACAAUGGCCCUCCUUUUACCUUCACCAUCCUCACUGGCAAUGAAGAGGAGGAGUUUACACUGGACCCUAACGGUGUCUUGAGAUCUGCAGUUAUCUUCAAACACAUGGUUGCAACCGAAUAUGUGCUCUGCGUGCAGGCAAAAGACUCUGGGAAGCCUCAGCAGGUUUCCCACACCUACAUUCAGGUGAGGGUUAUCGAAGAAAGCAUCCACAAGCCAACUGCCAUUCCACUGGAGAUUUUCAUUGUCACCAUGGAAGAUGAUUUUCCAGGUGGAGUCAUUGGAAAAAUUCACGCCACAGAUCAGGAUGUGUAUGAUGUCCUCACUUACACGCUAAAAUCAGAGCAGAAAAGUUUGUUCAAGGUUAACAACCACGAUGGGAAGAUCAUUGCCCUAGGAGGACUCGAUAACGGCAAGUACAUCCUCAAUGUGUCUGUCAGUGAUGGCCGCUUCCAGGUCCCCAUCGAUGUUGUGGUCCACGUUGAGCAAUUACUUCAGGAAAUGCUGCAGAACACCGUCACCAUCCGCUUCGAGAACGUUUCCCCAGAAGACUUUGUGGGCCUUCACAUGCACGGCUUCAGGCGCACCUUGCGGAACGCAGUGCUGUCUCAGAAACAAGACAGCCUGCACAUCAUCAGCAUUCAGCCAGUGGCAGGCAGCAAUCAACUCGACAUGCUAUUUGCAGUUCAGAUGCACAGCGGUGGUUUCUAUAAGCCUGCCUUUUUGAUUCAGAAGCUUACCAAUGCCAGGAGACACUUGGAAAAUGUGAUUCGUAUUUCUGCUAUCUUGGAGAAGAAUUGCUCUGGACUGGAUUGUCAGGAACAACACUGUGAACAAAGUCUAUCUAUUGAUUCCCAUUCCCUGAUGACCUACAGCACGGCAAGAAUUAGUUUUGUGUGCCCUCGCUUUUACCGGAAUGUGCGCUGCAUGUGCAAUGGAGGACUGUGCCCAGGGUCUAACGAUCCCUGUCUGGAGAAGCCGUGCCCAGGGGACAUGCAGUGUGUGGGGUACGAAGCCAACCGGAGACCUUUCAUCUGCCAGUGCCCGCCAGGGAAGCUUGGCGAAUGCUCAGGUGCACAUCAAAGCGGGAAUGGGGGAUAUACUUGA